GGCUCACUGCUAGACCCGCUCCCAUCCUCCGAGGACGCCUGUGACUUCCCAUUGCUGCCCCGCUCGCCCAGCCCUCGGCUCACACACAGCCCUGCACGCUCACGCCCACGCUCCGCUCGCUGCCCCAUGGCACCCCGCGUGGCCCCGCUGCUGGCUCUCGGCCUGCUGCUGCUCUGGACCUCCCCUGCUCUGGGUAGUGCUAAUGACAUUGAAGACUGCUGCCUGUCUGUGACACAGCGCCCCAUCCCCAGGAACAUUGUGAGAGACUUUCGCUACCUCCUCAUCAAGGAUGGCUGCAGGGUGCCUGCUGUUGUGUUCACCACACUGAGGGGCCGCCAGCUCUGUGCACCCCCAGACCAGCCCUGGGUGGACCGUAUCAUCCGGAGACUGCAGAAGACCUCUGCCAAGAGCAAACGCCAAAGCAGUUAACUUAUGACAGUGCCAGAGGGAGCCCUGCAUCUGAGUGAAGGGAUGUGCCUCACCCUAGCCUGGAGAACCAAGGACAGAAGGCAGCACCAGGCCUCCAGCUCCUCUGCACCAGACCUGACCCAACCAGGGCAGAGCCUGGAGUGUCAAUGUGAGUGUGAGUGCGUGUGUGAGUGAGAGGGUGUGUGCAGAGGUAGCACAGCUCCUCCACGCCCAGACUGCCAUGCUUCCAAUAAAGCCACCUGAUCUGUC